UCUUCAAUCCAUAGGCUGUGCCUUCUCCGUUACCUCCGUUUAUUUGGUCUUUCAACUUAACACUACUUCCAACUCUCCUCCUCUCAGCCUCACAGACAACACUGAACAUGGCGUUUGAAAAGAUCAAGGUUGCUAACCCCAUCGUUGAGAUGGACGGGGAUGAAAUGACAAGGGUAUUCUGGAAAUCAAUCAAGGACAAGCUUAUAUUCCCAUUUGUGGAUUUGGAUAUCAAGUACUUUGACCUUGGCCUUCCUAAUCGUGAUGCAACUGAUGAUAAAGUUACAGUUGAGAGUGCUGAGGCUACCCUUAAGUACAAUGUAGCAAUCAAAUGUGCAACAAUUACCCCAGAUGAAGCUCGUAUGACGGAAUUUGGCUUGAAGAGCAUGUGGAGGAGUCCAAAUGGGACCAUUAGGAACAUUUUGAAUGGUACUGUUUUCAGGGAACCAAUCCUUUGCAAAAACCUCCCUCGUCUUGUCCCAGGGUGGACGAAGCCGAUAUGUAUUGGAAGACAUGCUUUCGGUGACCAAUACAGAGCAACUGACACAGUUAUCAAGGGAGCUGGGAAACUGAAGUUGGUGUUUGAGCCAGAAGGUGAAGGGGAGAAGACAGAGUUUGAGGUUUUUAACUUCAAAGGUGCUGGAGGAGUAGCAUUGGCUAUGUAUAAUACUGAUGAGUCUAUUCGUUCUUUUGCUGAUGCUUCUAUGAACACUGCCUAUGAAAAGAAGUGGCCUCUUUAUCUGAGCACCAAAAAUACCAUUCUUAAGAAAUAUGAUGGGAGAUUCAAGGACAUAUUUCAAGAAGUUUACGAGGCCAGAUGGAAAUCAAAGUUUGAGGCUUCUGGAAUCUGGUAUGAGCAUCGGCUCAUUGAUGAUAUGGUGGCUUAUGCACUCAAGAGCGAAGGCGGUUAUGUUUGGGCAUGCAAGAAUUAUGAUGGAGAUGUACAGAGUGACUUUUUAGCUCAAGGUUUUGGAUCUCUUGGGUUGAUGACGUCCGUGCUGGUGUGUCCUGAUGGAAAGACUAUAGAAGCAGAAGCAGCCCAUGGUACAGUUACUAGGCAUUACAGGGUUCACCAAAAAGGAGGUGAAACUAGCACAAACAGCAUUGCUUCUAUCUUUGCUUGGUCUCGAGGGCUUGCUCACAGGGCUAAGCUGGAUAACAACAACAGACUUCUGGAUUUCACUGAGAAACUGGAAGCUGCUUGUAUUGGAGCUGUUGAAUCUGGAAAAAUGACCAAGGAUCUUGCCUUAAUUAUCCAUGGAUCUAAGUUGUGCAGGGAGCAUUAUCUGAAUACUGAAGAGUUCAUUGAUGCAGUGUCGGAGGAACUAAGAGCAAGACUUUCUUGCAAGGCAUAAUUGGCCAUAUAUGGUGGAUGACAUUUGAAAAGUUGGGAUUAUUUGAGAAGAAAUAAAGUAGGGAUGAUGAUGGGAAAGUGGCCUCUUGAUUCCUUGGGGGAGAAAUGCGAUGUGUUGUUUUGGGGUUGUAUUGAUUCAGUGGGAGGGAGUUGGGGUUUUCCUUUCUCUUUGUUGUGCCCAAAGACGGUUCAUGUUUCAAUUUAAUCUCAUUUUAACUAUUAUCAGUUUUAUUAAUUUAGCAAAAGUGAAAGCUAAUUCACAUGCUUUGCUAUAUUGCCCAGAUUAUUUAACACCAUCUAAUCUUAUGGCAAUUCUCGUAA